AUGGUCGCUUUCAUGUUACUUAGAGCCAUCCUGUCCUUGAUACCGGGUUGCAAAAACAUUUGGCAAAAUUCGACACCUGAAGCGGAAGCAGGUGCAGAGAAAUCGAGGCAAGUCGGUCAAAUCAGAAUCACACAAAAUGUGGUGGAAACAGAAGCUAGCCUUUUAGAAAUAGUCGAAGAGCUAAAGGCAAAACUGCACUUCGAGCGUCUGAAGAACAACAUGUUAUGGGGACAAGAGAGGGAACGCCGUAUCUCUCAAGAAAAUACAGACAGAAUACAGAGGCGGCUUAUAUGCGUACUGAAACGCCGAGAGCUGCAGUGGCAAGAGUCUAUGCGGGAAGCGAGAGAAAAACUCGCAGCAUUCGAAACCCCAUCCUUGGACAUGAGCCCAACACCACUCACAUCGGCAGAGAAUAUCACCACAAGGACAGGGGACCAAAACAGGAUCUUUAUGCCGACAGUGCUAUUAAACCGUUGUGAGCCAAGGAUUCGCCUGUCUCAUUGCCACGAUCCAUUGUUCAAUCACCCAGAGCAUGUUGUUGUCGAUGGAGAGAACGUAAUACUCUCUGGGGGCAAGGCCAACAAAGAUAAUAAUAUCUUAUCCCUGGUCAACCACUACCAAAUGAAAAAGCAAUAUCCUCUUGUCGUGUUAAUGCAUUUCAGGGUGAACAAGAGGAAUAACAAGGAUGGUAAAUGGGGGAUUGCAGAAAAGCUGAGUAGCUCUCUGAACGGAAAUUGGCAGGUAAUUCCUGUUCCGAUCAACGCAGAUGACGACAUGUACGCCAUUAAUCUAGCCAAGAACAUCGAUGCGAUCAUAGUUUCAAAUGACAAGUUCAGGAAGCAAAUAAGUGAACAAGAAACUCCAGAGAAGCAAGAGGAAUUGGCAAAGUUCGUGAAAGAGAAAAGGGUACGGUACACGUUCAAGAAAGGGAAGUAUUACCCCUAUUGA